GAUUUGGUGGUGGAGGAAACCGCCCCAUGGCAGAAGGGGGUCCAGCAAUCCUUUGCACAUCAUUAGCCCCGAGGGAAUCGAAGCCGUGCAAGGUAAUCAGAGGUGCAAGCGUAUCCCUGACUCCUAGCACGAUGCGUCCCACUACCGAGGCUGCUAGGUGCCUGCAUGAUUUACAUCCGCUGAAGAGCGCUGCACUUCUCCCCUGCAAUCUGCAUCCGCUUGCAAGGUUUCCAAUAAUUUUGCCUGAAUAUAUUCAAGUUCUGCUAUUGCUGAUAUUCUGAUAUUGCAAGAUCAUGUUGUCCAAUAAAGCAUCAUGGUUUUCUACAACCGUGAUGCGUGCAGUUGUUGUGAACAAGUUUGGAGGAAGUGAAGUCUUGGAAAUCAAGAGAAAUGUUCCCAUACCAAAGCCAAAAGAGAAUGAAGUCUUAGUAAAGGUUGCUGCCGUGGGUGUGAAUCCAGUCGACGUAUACAUCAGAUCAGGAAAUUAUUCAAAAUUACCAACGCUUCCAUAUAUUCCUGGGAAUGAUGUCUGCGGAACUGUUGUUCAUGUUGGUGGCGAUGUUAAGAAUUAUCAGGAAGGAGAUAGGGUUUGUUCUUUUCGUACAUCCAGUGGUGCUUAUGGAGAAUACACAUCAAUCUGUAGUAAAUAUUUAAUAAAAUUACCUGAAGAUUAUGAUUUUGUCAAAGGAGCUGCAGUUGGUACUCCGUACUUGACAGCUUAUAGAGCGUUGAUUCAAAAAGCAAAUUUCAAACCUGGGCAAACUAUACUUAUUCAUGGUGCAAGUGGAGGGGUUGGAAUGGCUGCAACACAACUAGCCAUUUCUAAAGGAAUGAAUGUCAUAGGUACAGCAGGUACAGAGGAAGGUAUGAAAAUGGUACGAGAAAAUGGUGUUAAAUAUGUUUUUAAUCAUCGAGAAGAGGGAUAUGCGUCAAGUGUUAUGAGUGCUACAGGGGGACAAGGUGUUGAUGGAGUUAUUGAAAUGCUUUCAAAUGUUAAUCUUGCAAGGGAUUUGGAUAUGCUUGCACCAAAGGGAAUGGUUUUAGUUGUUGGAAGUAGAGGCUCUAUUGAAAUAAAUCCUAGAGCUAUGAUGGGAAGAGAGACAAAUAUACAAGGUGUUGCCUUAGGAUCAUCACCAGAUGAGGAUCUGCGAGAAGCGAGUCUUGCUGUUGAGGUUGGUUUGAAACAGGGAUGGCUCAAUCCAGUCAUAGGCCCUAAAUACUCACUCAACGAUGUUCAACAAGCUCACGAGGACAUUAUUCACAACACUGGUUCUAAGGGGAAAAUGGUGUUAAUUAUUUGAACAAUAAUAAAAUUUUCACUAGUACGAACGUUUAAAAUUGAUAUGCAUUUCAUCAAUUCUUCACUUUCGCAGGAUUUUAUCAUUUCUGUAUUUCUUGAGGUGUUUUACAAUGGUGCUGACUUUGUCAACUGUUGGAAGGGCUGAGGCAGCGAUGUUCAAAUUAUAUUUAUAUCUUGGAAUACAUAUGAAAUCAUUCAUACUGUAUAAAUCCUCGAUUUUUUUUUCUCAGCAUUCGGUAUCUAUGGUUCAUAUCAUUAUAUGCCUAGCGGUAUUCAACUUGUAUACUAUGAUCGAGCAACAAUUGAAACCAUAUGUAUCUGAUCAUUUCUGCUCAAAAAAAUUAAUCAUCAAAUAUACAGUAGCUUUUUGGCCUAAUGUUGAACAAACAUUUCGAUAUCCUGCAUUCCAAUUUUUCCUUUCAUUUUGACUUAAAAAAAAAGUCUGAUAAUGAUGUGGUUUUUUUCCAUAUGUGCCAAUAUUUCAUUAAAUGAUUUUUCAUUAGUGUGCAAUUGAUAUUCAUUUUCUGCUGCUCUUUGAAUAAAAAACAAUGAGUCCUAACUCUUCAAGACGA